AUGAGAUAUUUAUGGAAAACCAAUAACUCUUACAUAUCAGAAUAGUUAAACAUUCAAAUCAAGCAUUGGAGGGCUCUUAACUAUAAUUACAAAAUUGUCCAUAUUGAUCUUCUUCCUAUUAGAGGCAGCGAAUCAGUCUCUUUGUCGAUAAUUAAUGAUUGGUCCUAAACAAUCACUCCAAUUAUACACAGAUAUGCUCUUGUAUCAAUCUCAUAGAUGAGCUUUGGAUUCGUCGUCAAGGAUGAAACAUUAGUCUGGGAGACCAGGGAAGAUGACUUUCCUCUGAUUAGGUGCCCUCCUGGAAGAUUUUUAGGCGAGAAAAAAAUAACAGAAACUUUGAAUAUUGAGUCUUCAUUCUUAUGCCCUGAUAAUUUCAAUCUAACUCUUUAGGGAAGCUUUACCAGCAAAUAGGCUAAAUUUCUAAGAAUUAAUGUAAGAAGAUGCGAGGAAAGCAGAUUGAAAAAAAUUUAUCCCAAUGAGACAUGUGCCAGUUCAACUGAAAUAGAUAAAGUGUUUGAAAAUAUGCAGCUAUUUAUUCCCAUGUUCAAUUAGUAUUUUGAUGACUAUGAUCAUUCACCUAACCCAAUUAAAACGACAAUACAAAAUUCCUAUUUUACUACAUUACCUAAUGUUGCUUAGUCCUAUUUUAUGAAAAUUUCUCAAAACAAAGCUGUCAUAAGGGAUUCGUAUUUAUCUAAUAAUAUUCACGAAUAGACUUUUCUCUAUUACACAAUAAGAUAGGAAUACCAAUUUAACAAACUUCAUGACAGUACUUUCUCUCCUAUUCAAAUCACAGUAGCGUUAGAUGAAAACUUUAAAUAAACUAUUAGAGAGACCUAUACAUUAGCAGAUGCUCUCUCAAAUACAGGUGGUUUUAUGUAGAUUGUAAAUAUAAUUGCUAUGUUCUUAGUUAGUGGAAUAUAGAAUAAACUAUAUUACUUCUCUAUUAUUAAGGAAUUACUUAUCCAUAAAGAAUAUUAACCAAAAUAAAGAGUAAAAGGAAGAUUUGAAUUUUUGAUGGAAGAAAAAUCUGUUAAUGGAAUGAUUUCAACAAAAUUAAAAGAUAAUGAAGAUUUAUUAAAUUAAACGAAUCGAAAAGAAACAAACAUAAAUUCUUCUAGAUCUUAUAAUAAAAUGGAAUUACUUGGUCUUAUUAAGUAGUGA